CUCAGCCCGCCGCACCGCCCACAGAACAGCUCCGGCCGCCGCGCCGCCUGGCUUUCGUUUCCCUUGUUCUCGGCGGGCUCGCGGGGCUCAGCGCCGCGGCCGUUAGUCAUGUCGGAUACUGGAAGUUACAGUCAAUCUGGGGGUGAGCAGCCAAGUUAUUCUUCCUAUGGAAAUCAAGGCAACCAAGGUUAUGGACAGGCACCACAAAGCUAUUCUGGCUAUGGACAGACUACUGAUUCCUCAUAUGGACAGAACUAUGGCAGUUAUUCCAGUUAUGGACAAAGCCAAUCAGGUUAUUCACAGUCCUAUGGUGGUUAUGAGAGUCAAAAGCAGGGCUCAUAUGGCCAGCAAUCUUAUAAUAACCAGGGACAGCAAAACACGGAAUCAUCAGGAGGCCAAAGUGGAAGACCGCCUUCCUAUGACCAGUCAGACUAUGGUCAACAAGAUUCGUAUGAUCAGCAGUCAGGCUAUGAUCAACAUCAAGGAUCAUAUGAUGAACAGUCAAAUUAUGAUCAGCAGCAUGAUUCCUAUAAUCAAAACCAGCAGUCCUACCAUUCACAAAGGGAGAAUUAUAGCCAUCACACACAAGAUGACCGUCGUGAUGUGAGUAGGUAUGGAGAAGAUAAUAGAGGAUAUGGCGGGUCACAGGGAGGAGGUAGAGGGCGUGGGGGAUAUGACAAGGAUGGAAGAGGUCCUAUGACAGGAUCAAGUGGUGGUGACCGCGGUGGCUUCAAAAAUUUUGGUGGUCACAGGGAUUAUGGACCCAGACCAGAUGCUGAUUCAGAAUCUGAUAAUUCAGAUAACAACACAAUCUUUGUGCAAGGACUUGGGGAGGGUGUGUCUACAGAUCAAGUAGGGGAGUUCUUUAAACAAAUAGGAAUUAUCAAGACCAACAAGAAGACAGGAAAACCAAUGAUAAAUUUAUACACAGAUAAGGACACAGGGAAGCCAAAAGGGGAGGCAACAGUAUCAUUUGAUGACCCUCCUUCAGCUAAGGCAGCCAUUGACUGGUUUGAUGGAAAAGAGUUCCAUGGCAAUAUCAUUAAAGUGUCCUUUGCCACCAGAAGACCUGAAUUCAUGAGAGGAGGUGGAAGUGGAGGAGGUCGGCGUGGUCGUGGUGGGUAUAGAGGUCGUGGAGGUUUUCAGGGAAGAGGUGGAGAUCCCAAAAGUGGAGACUGGGUUUGUCCUAAUCCGUCAUGUGGAAAUAUGAACUUUGCUCGAAGGAAUUCCUGCAAUCAGUGCAAUGAACCCAGACCAGAGGACUCUCGUCCCUCAGGAGGAGAUUUCCGGGGAAGAGGCUACGGUGGAGAAAGGGGCUACAGAGGUCGUGGGGGCAGAGGUGGAGAUCGAGGUGGCUACGGUUCAGACAGAAGUGGAGGUGGUUAUGGUGGAGACAGAAGUGGUGGCAGUGGCUACGGAGGAGAUAGAAGUGGGGGUGGCUAUGGUGGAGACAGAAGUGGGGGAGGCUAUGGUGGGGACCGAGGAGGCGGUUAUGGUGGGGACCGAGGCAGCGGCUAUGGAGGAGACCGAGGCGGCGGCUAUGGAGGAGAUCGAGGAGGCUAUGGAGGAGACCGAGGCGGCUAUGGUGGAGACCGAGGCGGCUAUGGAGGAGACCGAGGUGGCUAUGGAGGAGACCGAGGUGGCUAUGGUGGAGAUCGAAGUGGGGGGGGCUACAGUGGAGACCGUGGUGGUGGCGGUGGCUAUGGUGGAGACCGAAGUGGAGGCUACGGAGGAGACAGGAGUGGUGGUGGCUAUGGAGGAGACCGAGGUGGGGGCUAUGGAGGAGACCGAGGUGGCUUUGGAGGCAAAAUGGGAGGAAGAAACGACUACAGAAAUGAUCAGCGCAACCGACCGUACUGAUGACUGUUUUGAAUGUUCCUUUGUCUCUGACAUGAUCCAUAGUGAAAUUGCCAGAGUUUUGCCUGCUGCUUUCCUUGUGGCCUCUUCUUGGGUAGUGAAAUUAAGUGACACUUGGGUUUUAUUUGGGUGGGAGGGCUAGGACAGUUUUUCUUUUAGAAAUGUCUGUUGAAAUUUCCUUGUUUAGUUUCCAACCUUCUUCCCAACCCUUGAAGCUAAGUGCAUUGUAAAAUAUUGCCAAAAUGGAAAGUGUUUUUGUAAUACUACAAUAAAGGCUGCUUGUUUUGUGGA